GGAGCCCGCUCGGCUCGGGGUUGGCAAGGAGUCCGGCGGUCAGCGGAUGGCAGAGUCCGAGGAUGGGGCAGUUAGUCAGGAAGCUGGGCCUGAGGGUACCUUCCCCGCGGGGGGCUCUGGGGCAGGUCCACCACCGAAAUCCGGAAGGAGAAAUCGCGAGACGCGGCGCGAUGCCGGCGCAGCAAGGAGACGGAGGUGUUCUACCAGCUGGCCCACACCCUGCCCUUUGCCCGGGGGGUGAGCGCCCACUUGGACAAAGCCUCCAUCAUGCGGCUGACCAUCAGCUACUUAAGAAUGCAUAAGCUGCUGAAUUCCGGAGAAUGGCGAGAGCAAGUCAAAGCAGAGGAACAGGUGGAUUCUUACUAUCUGAAGGCCUUGGACGGCUUCCUGAUGGUCCUGACCGAGGAAGGGGACAUGAUCUACCUCUCUGAGAAUGUCAACAAGCAUCUGGGUCUCAGCCAGCUGGAGCUGAUCGGCCACAGCGUGUUUGAUUUCAUCCACCCGUGUGAUCAGGAGGAGCUGCAGGAUGUGCUGAGCCCCAGGCAGGGUUUCUCCAAGAAGGCGGAAGUGAAGACGGAGCGGAAUUUCUCCUUGCGCAUGAAGAGCACGCUGACCACCAGGGGGCGCACCGUCAACCUCAAGUCUGCCACCUGGAAAGUGCUGCACUGCUCUGGGCACAUGCGCUGCUAUGCGCCUUCCAAGCCGGCCUCAGGGAAGGAAGGGGAAGGCGGCUUCGCAGAGCCCCCGUUGCGAUGCCUGGUGCUGAUCUGCGAGGCCAUCCCGCACCCCGCCAACAUCGAGACCCCCCUGGACAGUGGCACCUUCCUCAGCCGCCACACCAUGGACAUGAAGUUCACCUACUGCGAUGACAGGAUUGUCGAGAUGGCCGGUUACACCUCCGAGAGCUUGCUUGGCUGCUCCCUCUAUGAAUACAUCCACGCCUUGGAUUCGGAUUCCGUCAGCAAGAGCAUCAACACCCUGCUAAGCAAGGGCCAAGCUGUGACCGGGCAGUACCGCUUCCUAGCCAGGAAUGGUGGUUACAUCUGGAUCCAGACCGAGGCCACCGUCAUCUCCAGCAGCAAGAACUCCCAACCCGAGAGCAUCGUCUGCAUUCACUUCGUCUUGAGCCAAGUGGAAGAGAACGGCCUGGUCCUGUCCCUGGAGCAAACGGACCGCCAAGGCGAGCAUCGCCGGCUGCCCCCGCCCUGCCUCGAAGGGCUGGAUUCCGAUAGCGCCUUGGAAGAGAUGGACCCCAACAGCGGAGACACCAUCAUCAACCUCAGCUUUGAGCUUCGCGGUCCCAAAAUCCUGGCCUUCCUGCGCCCGGCCAACAUCAGCGAGGAGGAGCUGCAGCUGGAUCCCAAGCGCUUCUGCAGCCCGGAUCUCCAGAAGUUGCUGGGGCCCAUUUUCGACCCGCCUGGGGCCCAGAACUUGGCAGGGGGCACCGGGCGGGCAAAACCUCCCGCCCCGCUUCCCAAGGUGGCUCCGGUGGUAAAGAAGGUGUCUGGAAAUCACAGUCUGUCGGACCUGCCAGAAGAGCUGAUCUUCGACUUGGAGAACGUCCAGAAGCUCUUUGCAUCUAGCAAGGAGGAGCAGAGCAUGGAGACGGCGCUGCAGGAUUACGAAGGCCUCGACUUAGAGAUGCUGGCUCCUUACAUCUCGAUGGACGACGAUUUUCAGCUCAGCAGCACCGACCAUCCGCCCUGGCUGACCGAGAAACGAGGCGAUGCGGGGGCAGGACCCCGGUCCGCCUCGCCCCCUCCGAGACCUCGCUCUCGCAGUUUCCAUGGCGUGUCCCCACGCCCGCUGGAACCGGCUCCUCUUCCCCGCUGGGGCAGCGACAGCAGUUUGAGCCAAGGCCGCCCCGUCGAGACCCCUCUGGCCAACUCGCCCUGCGGAGAAGGCCAGAUGGUGGAGAUGGUGGCAUCGGUCAAGAUCCAGUCUGUGCAGGACGGGGCCGGUCUGAACGGCCAGAGGUCUCCCUUGGGCGGGAGGAAGAGGACUCGGGAGAUUAGCCUGGACGAAGAGAGGGACCUCUUCCUGGAGACCAGCCCCCCCAAGCGUGCCCAUAACCACGAGGCUGAAAGUUUCCUGAUGCCCUCGCUUAGCCUGGGCUUUCUGCUCAGCGUGGAAGAGUGUCUGGAUGCCCGGUCCGAGCGGGCUUCUGUGGUCCUGGGCAAGAAGCUGCUGGCCCUGGAGGAGCCCAUGGGCCUUUUAGGAGACAUGCUGCCCUUCGUGGUGGACGGACCAGCGCUCUCCCAGCUGGCCCUGUACGAUGGCGAGGAGGAGGUCUCCGGGCGUGGCGGAGAACACUUCCAGCUGGGGGAGGAACUCCUAGUGGAGCUGGACCAGGCCACCUGAAGUGGCGCCCUUGACCGCCCUCCCCCGCCCCCACCGCACCUCCAUCCCACACUCCUGCUCUGCAGAUGGGACACCCGGAACCAAAUCCAACCAAACGCCCUCAGGGAGGGGUUCCUCCCGGCCCCUCCCCCACCCGUCCACCCCUCCCCUGGCGUUCUUAGGACUCUUCCUACCUCAGUCCCGUCCCCUCCCCCCCAGGCAGCCUCUCCCCUCUGGAGACGGUGGGGGAGGAAGGCCUCUGCCACCCCUAUUGGUGCUUAUCCGCCUGAAUGUUCUUGAACCCAAGAGGAAGGGGGAACCCAGGGGUGGGAUCGAUUCCCGGAGGGAAGAGAAAGCACCACAGAGGGAUCCCACCACCCACCACCCCCGGACGAGAAAGAGCGGUGCGGAGCCCCCGGGGCCUGUACUUUUUCCUCUGUCCUCUGCUCGCGAGGACAGACCCUUCAGCACGCGCCCGGGUUGUAAGGUCAGCCGUUCCUGGGACAAAGGGGUUUAGCCCUUCGAGGGAGGUGAAAAGUGGGGAGAACCUGCUCCGAGAACGGGGUGAACGUCCAUCUGCGUUAGCCUCUCGGGGGUGUGUGUGUGGAAAUGCCUCGCCACGACUUCCCCAACAUACGUACGGUGCCUCCCGUCGACCUCAAAGCAAGGUCUCACCUUUUGAAAAGGAAAAGCAGGGAGGUCCUCAAGAGUGUCUGCUCCUGAGAGGACGUUUUGGCCAGGUGGGAAACACCUGUCCUGGACUCUUAGAGCGAUCUUUCCCCCUUAAAGAUGGCCGACCGAUGGAAGAAUCAGCCCCCAGAACAGCUGGUGCUUCGGCCCUAUCCGGGCCUACUUAAAAGAUCUUUUUCUGUUUACAAAACGUUCUCAGUUCUGCCUACGUUCAGCGCAGAGAAAAAUCAGAUGCCAUGUUGAAAACAAGGCAAGCUGGAAAUAAAAGCGUCAGAACAAAAAAACAACAACAACCAAACACCGAUUUUUUUUAAGAAAAAAGCAUGCCAGCUUCCCUUAUCAAGCAGUCCCCAGGUGUGUUUUGAAGGCAGGUAGCAGAUCUGUGACUCGGCCAGCUGUCACGGCAAGGCAAAGCACAUCUGGAAACAGACGGAUUGGGGAAAACUGGCUAGCUUGAAAAUUUUGACGCCUGGGAGGGGGGGUUGGGGAAACAUCCCAAAAUAAUUUUUUUUUAAAACAACACCCAACGCCCCAUGCAACAUUUUGAACCUGCCAGUCGUCAAAACUUUCCGAGAAAAAUAGAGGAAAAAAAAAAAUUGCAAAAUUCCCAAAUUCUAAAAAAAAAGGAUUGCCAAAUCCGAAAUCCGAAGAGAAAUUUUCAGGAGCCUUAAAAGUACGGCCUAAAAAAAAAAA